AUGCAAGAAUCAUUGCAGGAUGUCUAUGACGGAGCAGAGCAAUAUCUGGACAAGGUCUACUCGUCUCUCAACUGGCUGCCAGAUGGCCCAUGGAGCACUCAAGAAAAACAACCCCUACAAAAACUAAGAGAUAUCGGAUUUCGAGGGCCGAUUGAGGAACGAGGUGCAACCAAUGAGUUCCUCUCCACAGAGCUGAUAACUCAAGGAGAUGCUAGGGAAUUCGAAUUUCAGAUGAUUCGAGCUCUCUCCAAGUCACACGCAGCCUUCAGGGCCCUCCGUGGGAGGGUCAACGUGGAAGUUAUCACGAACCUACUCGAGGACGAACCUUUCCUGCCUCGUGACGAGCUUUUAACACUCGUCGAUGGAGCGUAUAAAGCUGCCCUUACCCGUCAUCCCGAACUCGACGUCUUUGGUAAAAACGACGGGCUUCCGCAUAAUCACAGUGCCGACUUGGAGGAAUACUAUAGGCUGUUCAAAGACAUUGAAACUCGUACAUGCGGGAAUGGAAGCGCUGGAGUCUCGUUCAAAAACGUCAUCUACAGAGACGAUCCCACCAGUGACACGCAACGGGCCUACAGGGCCUUUUUAUUAUCCUGGAUGAACCAAUCCGAUCUCAGCAAUCCCAAGCUUCUGGCACAUCUCAUCAUAAACCGAAUGUAUUGCGACCACAGUGCCUUUACAUUCGCAGACUGGGAAGCACUGCAUCUUGGUCGAGCCAGCAAGCUGUUCCUGCCCAAAUUUGCCGACAAUCGAUUCAUUGGGAUUCUCACGCCAGAUGAUGUCCAGAUGAGCAAACAGAUGGGACUGAAGCGAAGCGCCCCAUAUUUCUUCAUUGUGGACGACUUCAUUCUGAUAUGCCAUACUGACCAAAGAGACCCUGACCAAGACUGGAUGUUUGAACAUCUGCGCAAGAGUGGUCGCCUCUUUACCUGGGCCGACGGCAUCCAUCUCCUCCAUACCCAAGCCCUGCUUUACCAAAUCCUCUACGGUGUCACCAAAGCAAUAGCGAUCAAAAGCGGUCAACCAAAGGAAGAAGUAGGCGCUGAAAGUAUCGACGAUGACCGAGUCGAUGCCUGGGCAAAAGCGCACCGUCCAGAAAGAAUCUUCUACUUCGAAAAUGAGGGAAUAGUCGAAUACGGGCUGUACAUGCCACCAGCCUCUCUCCACCUGCCUCUCUCCACCAGCCUCUCUCCACCGAAACUGGCUUGA